AUGUUGGGCCGCUUCGGGUACGGCGGCGCGGGCUACGGCGGCGGCGCCGCUGCUGGCGGCGCUGGGUACUCUGGCGGCUACGGUGGCGGCGGCGGCUACGGGGGCUACGGGGGCUACGGGGGCUACGGCGCAGGCUACCGCAACGGCUACGCCACCGUCGCCGGCGAGGACUGCUGCGCCGCCGCGUGCGGCACCGGCGCGGGCGCCGGCCCCGGGGGCCCCGUGGAUGGCGGCGCGGACUGCGGCAGCUCGUCCUGCUGUGGCGGCCGCGGGACGGACGUCUUGACCUACGUGGGGCCAGGCGGCGAGUAUGCCCAGGAGACCACGUACAGGUACGUUGGCGGUGGGGCUGGGACGUUCGGCGUCGUGCGCAUCCCUGGUGCGUCGUCGAGCUGCUGUCUCUUGUUGAUCCCGCUGGGUCUCCUGCUCCUCCUGGCGCCCCUCCUCGCCUGGCUGUUCUGGCCGCAGACCACCACGACGACCACGACGCCGCCCGUCGUCACGACGACUGUGCCCGCAUCGACAACUACCACGAUCGACUGCGACGAAGGUGACGAGGACUCGUGGAGCGACAAGAAGAAGGAAUACUGCUGCGAUCGGGUUGGGAAGGGCUGCCCGACGACGCCAAAGCCGCCUCCUCCGACGACGCCGCCUCCGCCGCCGCCACCGAAGCCUCGUCCCCCGGCGCCACCCGCGCCGACGACGACCCCGUGCCCCAUCGAUUGCAACGCGGGCUACAACGACUUGGAUCCACUUCAGUGGGUGCACGGAUGGUCUGCGGCCAAGAAGAUCUAUUCUACGGGCUGCUGCAAGGUCGCCAGCAAGGGCUGCGCAUCUCGGAGCUGCCGCCGCCCUCGGGCAGCCCGCCGUCCGGCGUGCCGCCGGAGCCAGAGGAUCGCGAGUACGACUGCGACGCAGGCUUCCACGACUGCCCGAAGUGCCUCAAACAGUCCUGGUCGCCCAAGAAGGGGGCUCUGCGGAUUGGUGCUGCAGCCACAGGGGCAAGGGCUGUGUGAGCUCCACGUGGGCCACGGGAGCGGCAGUGUAGAUAGACCCAGGCUGUUUUUUUUCCGAGUUCCGCUUGGGGCGGGAGGCGGGUGA